AUGGAAGAGGUAAGCGUUUUACAAAGCCAUUAUAAUGGGUAUUUCGUUGGAUAGCAAUUAACAUUCGCUACUGUGGUCUAUCCUGUGUGAAAAGCCAUACCAAAAAGGUUUAUAAUGUAUUCCAGUCGUUUAUAGACCAUUUGCAGAAUUUAUUUUCUUUGUGUUUUACGAAUGAAUCAUUAACGCGCUUAAGAAGUUAAUAUGUUUUUACUGAAUUGUGUAGCGGGAAAAGAGAGGAUAUGAAAACUUGGAUGAAGAAGAUGAGGAUGAUAUAAGUGGCAGUGAUGCUGACGUCAGUGGUGAAAGCAGUGAUACUUCAAGUAAUAAAGAUGAAGAUGAUACUGUGGAAAAAAUGUUUAUAAAAUGCCUGGUGCCCGGUGGAGCGGCGUAUCAAGCUGGUUUAAUGAAAGGUAUAUUGGGUUUGAAAAAAAUAUAUGUGACCUACAGUAUACCACGGUCAUUGUUGGUAACUAAUCAGUUAGUCAAUAAGUAAGUGAGUCGGCUGGUCAAUCGGUUGGUCGGUUAAUCAGUCGGCCUGUUGGUCGGUGAGUCUGUGAAUCAGUCGAUUUGUUGGUACAUCAGACGGUCUGUUGGUCGGUGAAUCAUUGGUUGUUCGGUACAUCAGACGGUCUCUUGGUCUGUGAAUCAGUCGGUUUGUUGGUCGGUGAAUCAUUGGUUGUUCGGUACAUCAGACGGUCUGUUGGUCUGUGAAUCAGUCGGUUUGUUGGUACAUCAGACGGUCUGUUGGUCGGUGAAUCAUUGGUUGUUCGGUACAUCAGACGGUCUCUUGGUCUGUGAAUCAGUCGGUUUGUUGGUCGGUGAAUCAUUGGUUGUUCGGUACAUCAGACGGUCUGUUGGUCUGUGAAUCAGUCGGUUUGUUGGUACAUCAGACGGUCUGUUGGUCGGUGAAUCAUUGGUUGUUCGGUACAUCAGACGGUCUCUUGGUCUGUGAAUCAGUCGGCUUGUUGGUCGGUGAAUCAGUCGGCUGGUCGGCCAGUUGGACGGUCAUUCAGUCAGUCAAUCAGUAAGAACACUUUUUGAUUUAGACGUUGGAUGGAAAGCUAACAUUAAACCUAAAAGUGUGAGAUUAUAACCAUACCUACCUAUUAAGCCCAUUUUCCAGCAGGCGAAUUUUUUCGCGCGAACAGUAAAAAAGUAGGAACUGAUCCAUCUUUUUCCCGGCGAAUUUUUCGCUGACCAAUCACAUUGCCAAGAAAUAUUUGUGCUUCGCUUUGCGCGAACAAAUUCGCCAAGUGGAAAAUGGGCUUAAAUCUUGUCAUGUUUUCUUUGUGUAGGUGCCGAGGUGAUCAGUUUAAACAAUUCGGCUGUCUAUGGAAAACACGCGUCAGAUAUUGACAAUCUAAUACAACACAGGUAAACUUUGUAUUUUUUUAAUAAUAUUACUCACUCUACUAUAUAUACAAAAUAAACAGGUGGAUCUUCCAACCAGACGUGCUCGCAUUGUUAAUAAUUGUCACGCAGUUAUUCAGCUACCAUUCCAACGCUCGCAGAGACACCCGCCACCCUAACCCCCCACUGGGCAACCCCUUUGACCCCUCGCUAAAGAGAAAAUUGCCAUCUUGAGAAUUGACCAUUUGCGUAAUAGACUAAAUUUUGAUCUAAACAAGUCUAGACAAAAAUUUCAUGACAGCUUGAAAGAGCAUCACAAAAUUAGUAAUAUUCCAAAGUUUCGUUGUGAAAUGUUGUAAAAUGCAGAUAAUAUAGCCUUGCGAAGUUUGCAAUUUUCAGUCAUUUUAGAUUACAACGGGAAAUUGACAGCCUCGAAGGGUUUGAGGCUGUCAAUUUCCGGUUUGUAAUCUAAAAUGACUGAAAAUUGCAAACUUCGCAAGGCUAUAUUUUCCGCAUUUUACAACAUUUCGCAACGAAACUUUGGAAUAUUACUAAUUUUGUGAUGCUCUUUCAAGCUGUGAUGAAAUUUUUGUUGAGAUCAAAAUUUAGUCUAUUACGCAAAAGGUCAAUUGUAUAUAUGAAUUAAACGAAUUUUUGAGAUUGAAAUAUUCUUAUAAUUUAUAUACUGAACUCUCAAAAUUGUAUUUCCCGUAGGAGUAUUUUUCUAUAUUUUUUGCAUACUUGAUGUUUUUUUUAUUUUGAGAUAUUCUAUUGUUUAGUAACGCGAUUGAUGUGGAUGUAGUAGAGGAUCCUGCUAAAAGAAAGGUAUGUUUUACAUUUUUACUGUUUUCAUGUACCACCUUACUUUUUUUGCUUAAAGUUGUGCAGUAUGUUGUAUAUAAUAAUGAAUGAAUUGACUUGAAUCUGCAAUCCAACUUAAGUACAUGAGAUGUGUUUCACUGAACCUUGUUUUGUCAUAACUUGAUUUUAUUUUUUGGAGAAACUUUAAAACCUGGAGUGGAAAUGUUGUUGCAAAACAAUAUCUCCCAGACAGUGUUAAUUGUUGUGUGAAACAUUAUACAUUAAAUGUAUAAUGUUAAACAUUAUACAUUUAAUGCUCCCAAGGGAAAUAAUUAGUUUUGUUUUCCGAGAUCGACGAAGACGAGGGAAACAUUGGGAUUCGAGGGAAAACGAAACAAACUCUAUCCUGUGCAUUAAGUGUUUUGUUAUAUAGUGACGAAGAAAAAGUAAACAACAUUCACACAACAACUAUAUUUCAUGAACUCUUUAAUCUAAAUAAAUGAUUUCAACAAUAAAAGAACCUGUUAAAAGCGUUUCAGGCUCAGUAUUUCAUGUUGCCUGUUGAGUAUUUUUCUUCUCUGUUAGAUUCUAUAUUUUUUUUCUUAAGCUAGAAAACUUUCUUUCUAAACUUUCGACUCCAUUUUGAGCAUUUAUAUACGUAGCCGGUCAGAGAGGGCAACAAUUUUUCAGUUGUUACCCGGCAGGAUACAUUUCAUUUAUCUAAGUCCACGUGACCAGAAAUCAGCCAAUCACUUUUAGUUUGAGCACUAGUUCUAUAACAAUAGCCUUUGGAAGCCGUCAGUGGUCAUGUUUCGACAAAAUUUACCAAUCAGGGGAUGGUUUCUAACAGAAACGACGAAGAAAAUGAUGAAAGGAAAAAACAGUUGUUCGUUAGGAAACAAUUUUACAUUAGGGACUAUUUUGUUUCCCGCGGUGUACGUUUGGGCAUGUAGUAAAACACUGACUACCGGAACACCGGAACACCGCCGGAACACCACCGGAACACCACCUAACCCUAACCCCAACCCUAACCCCCAAUCCUAACCCUAACCCCAACCCUAACCCCCAAUCCUAAUCCUAACCCCAAACCCUAACCCUAACCAAAAUGGUGGUGUUCCGGUGGUGUUCCGGUGGUGUUCCGGUGGUGUUCCGGUGGUGUUCCGGUGUUCCGGUAGUCAGUGUUUUACUACAUGCCGUACGUUUGUUUACUUUCCUCAAUACGGCUUUUUGCAUGCACUGUAGCAAUCAACAAGCAUUGCGACAAUUGGAACCAUCAAAUGCUUUGAUCAUGUCAAUCACACCCAUAUGCCAUUAACAUACUCUUCUGGAGCUGGAAAGAGCGACAGCUUGGCGAAAACGAGGCUCAGUAUAGCAUAAGGUCUUUCUAGUGCUUGGCAAGGAUAUUUUAUAUCUUAUUGGAUUCUUCUGAGCCCAAUAUGGCAAAAUAUUAAGUCGAGACUUCAAUAUUGGGCGAGACCGAAGGUUGAGCCUAAUGUUGAAGUCGAGACUUAAUAUUUUGCCAUAUUGGGCGAAGAUGAAUCAAAUAGGAGUUUUAUUAUAUCGAACAAAACAAUUCUAUAACAAAAAUUGUCAAUAAGCGAUAAAGUAAAUACAGCGAGACUAAUACAGCGACAACAUUACUACAUAUAUCGGCGGCGAAUUUGCUUAAAUAACUAAAAAAAUGGUUAAUAUUAACGAAAAAAAUAAUAUUACUAACUUCUAGGCUGUUGCAAACAAGUAAAUUUUGCGACGACAAGUUUUCCCGCGCUUUUAUAAUUUUAAAUAAAACUGGUAGAAAAAACUGUAUUAAUGUCCCAAAUUCUUUUCAUUAUUCUGCCAUAUCGUUUGUCGUAUGUUUGAAAUUGACAAAACAUCUGAAAAGGGUUGAAAAACCAUGAAAAAAGCCACAAUUCGCAACUGUCCAAUAGGUUCCUGUCCAAUAUCGUAAAAUAUUGGAUCGGCACGUGACCCUCGCAACGAUUACUGAUUGGUUAAGUGCGCGUGAGUGUAUAAUAAAAUAGCUUAUUGGUCAGAGUACUGCAGCAGAAUCGCAUGGCUGCAGGUUCCAUUCCUGCCGGAGGGUUGCCGGAGGGCCUAUAUUUUUCGCAAUAAACGUUUAUUUUAUUGUACUGUAUCUCUAAUAUAUAUAUUUUGUUUAGGGCAAACAGUACCAAAGAUACAGAGGAAAUGGCUAUGAAGUACAUGUAGUACAUCGAGGUAGUCAAGAUGAUCUUAGUGAUCACGAAUCCUCAGAUAAUGACACUCAUUCAACAAACGCAGGAGAUCGAUAUUUUGUUGUUACAUAUGGCACAUCUUCAGAAACCACUGGUCAUAAAUCCAGGAUACAUCAAUUUUUACGACCAACAUCGUACUCUGAUGAUGAACCACUAAUGGAAAAUAAAUCUGUGUCUAUUUCUGGGACAAAAUCAGAAGAUUUGACGGGAAAAACACAAAGUAAUCGUUAUUUUGAUGACCAAGGUGGCGCGUCCGGUAGAGGGAAUAAAAUUUCUGGUAAAAGAUCUGGACUGACAAGCACAACGUCAAGUUCAGUGCUUGUUGAGAGUCAAAAUCCAAAACCUGAUACACAUGUCACUAUAACUACUGCUACAUACAGUACCUUGGCUGAACCGCAAUCCACAAGAACUGACGUCAGCGCUGCGAAAAAAGAGGAUUGUUCAUGUAGUAAUGGAUUAUUAGUGUCUGAAGAGAAUGGUAAUGUAUGGGAACUAAGAGUACCUCAAGCUAUCCAUAUUCGUCCACGAUCACCCAGUCCAGCUCACAGAAGGGUCUCAUACUUGAUGGCAACUGAAGGUGAUGGAUCGUUAUCGUCAGGAAAUUGGGAAUUCAG